UAUUUCACGGUGAUUCAUAAGGAAGACGCCUUUGAGGAGUAAUUUCGUAAAACCCUGAAACACCAUUCGGCACCAACAGUCUGUGUGUCUUGAACACAAAAACGAGCGCCCCUGAGGUAACGCGGGAAACGCCGCUGUGUUGGUUGAGUGUUUUCGCAGAGAGGAACCGCCACGCUAAUCCACAUAUUUACGGAUAUUACCAUUAUCAGAGCUAACAAAUGACCUGACUCCCACAGUAUUUAGCUGUUUGGCUCUGAACUGAGACAGUGAAUCCUCUACUGGGCCGCUGCCCGCCAGCUGUGGUGUACCUGGACAAUUUGAACCCGGAGCAGUGGUUAGUUAUAUGUCGGUCCCCGCGCUGCCCGUUAACGUCUGUCUCUGUAGCCACCGAGCAGUUGUUAGCUCACACACAAAGAGGGACGUCCUGCUAACUAGCUGAACAACCAACAAAGCUCCUGUUGUGUUUUGUACAAUGGAUACGUUUCAGAAGGUGGAGAAGAUAGGAGAGGGGACGUAUGGAGUGGUUUACAAAGCCAAGAACAAAGUCACCGGAGAAACUGUUGCUCUCAAGAAAAUCCGACUCGACACGGAAACAGAGGGUGUACCAAGCACUGCCAUCCGAGAGAUUUCACUCCUCAAAGAACUCAGUCACCCAAAUAUUGUCAAAUUGCGGGACGUCAUCCACACCGAGAACAAGCUCUACCUUGUUUUUGAGUUCCUUCAUCAGGAUCUAAAGAAGUUUAUGGACUCCUUCACAGUCGCAGGUCUCCCUCUGCCCCUGGUUAAGAGCUAUCUUUUCCAGCUGCUGCAAGGCCUAGCCUUCUGCCACUCCCACAGAGUUCUUCAUCGAGACCUUAAGCCCCAGAACCUCCUCAUCAACGCCCAGGGGGAGAUCAAGCUUGCUGACUUUGGCCUGGCGAGAGCCUUUGGGGUGCCUGUCCGCACUUACACACAUGAGGUGGUAACACUUUGGUAUAGAGCACCAGAAAUCCUCUUGGGCUGUAAAUACUACUCCACAGCUGUCGACAUCUGGAGUCUGGGGUGCAUCUUUGCUGAGAUGCUCACCAAGAGGGCCUUAUUCCCUGGAGACUCAGAGAUCGACCAGUUAUUCCGAAUCUUCCGCACCUUGGGCACACCUGAUGAGACCGUCUGGCCAGGAGUCACAUCAAUGCCCGACUACAAACCAUCUUUCCCCAAGUGGGCCCGACAGGAUUUAUCCAAAGUGGUGCCAAUUCUUGAUGAGGAUGGAAGAGAACUGCUUGGGGAAAUGCUGAAUUACGAUCCAAACAAAAGGAUAUCUGCCAAAAACGCCCUUGUACACCGAUUCUUCCGUGACGUCACCAUGCCAAUUCCUCAUCUGAGACUCUGAGUCAAGCAAAGCAUCAGUCCAUUUUGACGCCAACAAUGUCUAAGCAAUAAGAACCUCCUCUCCUCACCUCAUACCCGGGACUGGAGUGGACAGAAAAAGUGGACACUACAGGAUAUGUUGGAUCCUUUAAUGGAUAUUUGUUAAUACCUAAAGCCAGCUUUCUAGGGUGUUAUAAUUGUAAUGAAGGUUAAACUGUAAUUUUCAAUAUCAUAUUUUUGCAUAUUUGUGUUCAGCUGCCAUUUUCAUCGUUGAUGUUUGUGAUUGGGAUGGUCCUGAUGGGGUCAGGGAAACUCAUCCUAGUUAUCUGCCAAUGAAACGGUAUGUUGGCUUUAGGAUGUUCAAAUUCGAAUAGUCAAAUAGUUAGAGUUAAAUAUGUUUAAAUGAGUUUGUGGGAUAGUGCAAAUAACAAAUGUCAUACUUUGUGAGACAGCAGCAGCUGAAAUGAAAGAUGUGAGUGAAGGUUGUCACAAAGCAAACAUCAUCAGCUGAGCAUAAAACAGUUGGAGCUAAAAGAAUAUGAGACAGCUGUCGUGCUCUUUUGAUUUGAUUUUCUUGCAGCUAAAGUCUAAAUUUGGGUCUAAAAUAUCUGAAGAUAUUUUCUAGCAGCACCUUUUGGUUGUUUAAAACACAAAAAUGUUUAUUGGUCGUUCGGCUGGCAGGAUUACUCACCAAACUGAAGUUCUCAGCGUUGUACAUACAGUUGUGAUAUAGACAUGUUCCCCGUUGUUAUUCAGAUUUUACAGAAUUUAAUGUGCUGUUGCCUCUUUCUUACUCUAGAUUUUAUUCAAAUUUAAGGAACCGUUUUUAUGGAUUUUGUUAAUUUACAGUUUGAAAAAAUAAAACUUGUUUAAACAACU